AUGGCUCGCAGCGAAGUAUCAAUCGAUGCCUAUUUUAUGAUGGGAAAAGACACAUUGAAAUUUCUGAACCAAGAGCUAGAGACAGCUAUAGAGAAAGGUGAUCUAUGCAGGUAUCGGAUGGCUCGCAGCGAAGUAUCAAUCGAUGCCUAUUUUAUGAUGGGAAAAGACACAUUGAAAUUUCUGAACCAAGAGCUAGAGACAGCUAUAGAGAAAGGUGAUCUAUGCAGAACCGAAUGUAUCAUGUUCUUCUGGGAAGCAGUGGCUGACUACCUGUCGGAAUCGGAUUACCAGGAGAUUUGUACAAACCUCGAACUGUGCACACGAUUAUCAAACAUAGGCGAAGGAGCUGAUGCAGACAGAUUAGCGAACACUACGAUGAGGCACCUUCAUGCUCUGUCACACCUUGUGCAAGAGCACGAUAACGCAGCAGAACUGGAGGGGCACGUUAUACGGCUAGUUCUUCCGUUUGUAGCUCGAAAAGCUGUCAGUAAGGAAGCACUGCGAACACUCGAGAAAUACGUUUCGGAACGAUCAAAUGGAGUUAUGGCCAUUGGUGACGAUAUUUCACAAGUGUGCUAUUCAUUCUUCAUGGAUGAGUCCAACGGGCAGGCUUUACGUCUUGAGGCUUUAAAGUGCAUAGGAUACGUUUUAUCUAUGAAGCCCAGCAACGAUGUUAUGGUCAUAUUGAAUAACGUAAUGGCGCCUCACCUACGGGAUUUGGGAGCCGAAGAAUCGAUGCAUAGUGAUGGAACACUGGAGCAGAAGAAAUUUCAAAUCAGCAUUUUCUCGUGUCUAUUCGCAAGCUUGAAUAGCAAAGGAGGAGGAGCCACAAAUUCUGCCCAUGACCCUCCGAGUGUAAUAAUCUUUCGUCAAGUUUUCCCUGUGUUUCUGCAGAUCAUUGAGAUCCCAGGUGUGCCAACGGCUAUCAGUGAUAAGGUCUGCGAUGCUGUUCGUAGCGCCAUUUCGAAUUUACCUGCGGAACAUCUGCCCGAGGCGCUUCCAUUGGUGUCACAACUUCUUGACCAUGCUCUCUUUACCAAUCCCACUUCUGCAUGUGCUUUAGCUAAGUCUGCUGUUCUGGUUUUUGGACAUUACACCCCAACCACAUCACAACUGUGUACCUCAAUACGACAGUGGUUAGAGUUAUUUGCUCGGAACAUGCCUUUUCAUGCGAUAGAUGAGUGGCUUUCGUUAAUAUACCAGAUUCUCAGGAAGAACUACAAAACCCUGCGUGCAAAUGGAGAAAAUUCACUUCCAAUCAUUUCAAACGCAAUUUUAAUUGCUGGACAGACGUUGGCAGAAUCAUGUGAGCCCUGUGUUGUUCGAUUAGCUUCACAGGUAUUGGCCGUGAUUGCAAGUCAAUCUAUAUCUUUUGGAGAUGAAGCACCCCGCCUUCUUCUUGCUAGCCAUGGACCAGCACUUGUAAAGACAAUAUUCCUUCGUAUACAAGUGGAGCUGCUGCGCCCUACUGUCGAGUACCUCGCGGAAGUGUUAUUUUUCUUCGCUAAAGAAUUCUCCCAAGAAACAAGGAAUGUGAUAAACGGACUAGAACAUGGUGACUCCCCUCUUGUAGCUGCAAUGUUCCGAGAAGUUGGUAACUUGCGAAAUUUCAAACAGAUGACGCUCCGACUGAACAACGCAUCGCGAAAAGACACUCGCUCGUAG